AUGCCUGUGAUUAUUAGUGACGAGCAGGAGAUUGUUUUGUCGCAUGAGCAGGAGGAUAAACUAAACGAGUUUCAAGUUAUCACUAAUUUUCCCGACCAAGAAUUGUCUUUGGUGGUCAAAUUAUUGCAAAACCAUGGAUGGCAGUUGGAGCCAGCAUUGUGCCGGUAUUUUGACGGCAAUUGGCAGGAUAACAUUGAACCACCGGAAGUGCCACAAAGGUCUUCUACACCGCUAAAUCAUGAGCUUAUCUCCCAUUCGCCUAGCCCAUUUAUCAUGAGUAGUAGUGCGCUAGUGCCAAAAUUGCCACUAGUUAAGCGACUCCCACUAGAUUUCAAGGAAAAGUUCCAAUUUGCAGGUCUAGAUAAACGGCCUCAUGAACUUGACAUGAACCCAGGGCUGCUGGUCCUACUUUUGCUGCCAAAAUUACUUCUCAAGUUAGGCACUGGAAUUCUAACAAUCAUUUGGUCGAUAAUAUCAUUUGGACUCAAAAACAACCAAGCGCCAGAGGCGAACGUUUGCAGAUUACCGCAGAGCCCCAGCAAAAAUGCGAAACCUGUUAACGAAAUUGUGGACUCAUUGCUCGGAGAAAAGUCCGAGCUGGCAUCGCUACUAGAUCUACGCCCGUUCAAUGAGUUAUACGACGAGUGCGAACGUCAAUUCAAGUUUAUGUUGGUCAUAUGUUUGGGUGAUCUCGAAUCAGAGGAAUCUGGUACAUGGGACCAAAAUUCUAGCAAGUUUGUGAGUUCCAUUUUUAAUGACCCUUCCACUUUGCAACUUUUGCGUGAGCGUUCCAAAGACUUAACCAUCUUCAUGCAUUCUGCUCAGUCCCCCGAGAUGUGGGCAUUGGCUAAUCAACUGAAACUAAAAUAUACACCAGAGUGUUUACUUAUUGCGAACGUACUAAACUCCAAGGACUCUGCGAGUGCCACAACACGAAUGUCAGUUGUUGGUAGGAUGAAGAUUAGUUCGUUGAGAAAAUUUAAGAACUCUCUUAAAAUGGCUCUCGAUAGACAUAGCGCAGAGCUUUUAGUGAGCAGAACAGAUCAAGAAGAAUUAAGAAUUGCCAGAGAGAUAAAAGAACUACAAGACCAGGCAUACCUAGAAUCCUUGAAGCAAGAUCAAGUCAAAGAGCAGAAGCGCCAAGAAGAUGAAAAGCAAACGAAAUUGCUGCUUGAAGCAGAAUUGUCAAGGAGUCGCGAAGUAGCACUUAACCGAACAAUACAGAAGUUACGAGUCUUGGAAUGUUCCCUGUCACUGCUAAAUUCUCAGCAGCUGGUUGAUUCCAACGCAAAAAAUGCGACACUACAAAUAAGGACCUCUGAUGGCAGAAGAUUCAUUAAGAAAUUUCAAGGUGACGAAUCUCUGAUGGACAUAUAUCGAGCGGUGAAGUGUUUUUUAUUUUUAGAGUUGAAAACGUUUGAAGAGAACGCGAUUAUGACUGGUAUCAAGGCCAAGCUAAUCGAGCUUGCUGAAAACAGUGACGAACUAUGUUUUAAGGAUAGACAAUGGCCUGAAGGGUCGCUCGCUGGCGAAACUUCAAGCUCAUUACAUGAUAUAGUUCGAAAAGAACUAAGAAACUGGUGCAAUUCAAGCGAGGAAAUUGAGCUGGAUAUCGAUUUUGAAUUAGUAUCCCCAUAUCCAAGAUUUUUAUUGCCGUACGACAAAGCAGUUCAUAUUAAGGAUACGCCACAAAUUUGGCCCAAUGGUAGUCUUCUCGUGGAGGCGCUACAGGAGGAGGAAGGCGAGGACGAGGCAGACGAGAAAGAGGAUUAA